AUGGUGCAGAGGAGCAGCCUCGCAGUCCCCUAUGAGAUUCUUCUCCUUGCUGUUUGCUUUUUGGUGUGCAUAGCCACAGGUGUGGAACUGUCAGUAAAUAACUACAAUGCUGACUUCUCCCUGCUUACAUCGCCUGGCCCUGCCGUCUCCCUCUCCUGCCUAGUAGAGAACAACAGCGAGGCCGAGGAGCUGCUCUGGUACCGAGAUGAUGAGCAAGUGGAUCUGAAUGAUGAGAAUAAAGUGAACAUCAGCAACAUCUGCGUAUCCCCAGUCACUGAGUCCGACAAUGGAGUCACCUUCACGUGCAGGCUGGCACGGGACGAGUCUGUGCAGGUGUCUGUGAUGCUGGAUGUCCAGUUUCCUCCCCAACUGUCUGGAGAAGAGACCCUCAACAUUGAAGAAGACAAAGAUGUUACUCUGACCUGCAACGCCAAAUCCAACCCUCAGGCCCAUGCAGCUUGGUACAAGGACAACACCACCCUGACCCUGCAGCAGGACCGUCACCAGCUCUACCAGACCAGCGAGGUCUUUCAGCUCUCCAUCCAAACAGUGGAGAUGUCUGACAAUGGGACCUACACCUGCGUGGUGAGCUCUCUCUCAGGAGAGGGGAGAAAGGAUUUCCACCUGAUAGUUGAAGACAAAAAGCCCAUCUUCCCCACGGAGGCUGUUAUUGCUGCUGCUGUGGUGGUUUCACUCACGAUACUUUUUGGAAUUGUGGCUCGAAAAGAUAAAAUUUUUAAGUGCUUCAAAAGAUCAAGUGAAACAGCUCUGUAA